AUGCAGAGCCAUGAAUUCCUCCCCCCCGCCCCCGGGGCCCCCCCCGGCCCUCUGCAGCUCUGGCAGGAGGAGAACCAGACCCAAGGCGGGCUCUGGAAUGGGAGCCAGGAGCUGGCUUGGGAAGAGCUAGAGAAGAUGCUCUUCCUCUUCGUGAAGGAGCCCGUCACCAUCAGCCUCACGGCAAUGUACCUGGUGUCCUUUGUGGUGGGCUUCGUGGGCAACAUCAUGUCCAUCAGGGUGCUCACCCGGAAGCGCCGGAGCCGGGUGUCCAGCCUGAGUGCCACCCGCAGCCUCCUCAUCAACCUGGCGGUGUGUGACCUCAUGGUGGUGUGCGUCUGCAUGCCCAUUACCGUGGGCAACCUCAUCUACAAAGCCUGGGUGUACGGGGACUUCCUCUGCCGGGCAGUGCCCUUCAUCCAGGCUGUUUCUGUCUCUGCCAGCGUCCUCAGCCUGACUGUCAUCAGUGUGAACCGGUAUUACAGCGUGCACAAUCCACUCAACGCCCGGUCUUUCUUCACCCAGAAGAGGAUCCUCAGCACCAUCCUGGUGGUGUGGUUGUUGUCCUCAGGGAUAUGCAUGCCCCUCAUCUUCAUGAACAAACGGGAUGAGAUUGGGGUGGUGGAGGGCUUGCCUCUGGUGUUUUCCAUCUGCAGGGAGAUUUGGCCUCAGGAGAGGCUCAAGCAAGCCUACAACUUUCUGCUCUUCUGUGCCCUCUACUGCCUGCCGGUCCUGUUCAACAUGGUCAUCUGCUUCCUCACAGUGCGCCGGCUGUGGAGCCGCAGCAGCCAGCUGAAGGAGAGCACUGCCCUGAACCGAUCUCUGCCAGCCUCCAGGCUGAAGAUCCGGAAGAAGGUAGCGCAGAUGGUGGUGGCCCUGGUCCUGCUGUUCGCAAUUUCCUGGCUGCCCGUCUACCUGAUGGACAUCUGGAUUGACUUCAACAUCCCCAAAUCUUUGCAGGAUGUUACUCCUUCUCCUUGGAUCCUGCAGCUCAGACCUUUUGCCCAGUGGCUUGGCCUCACCAAUUCCAGUCUCAACCCUAUAUGCUACUGCUUUGUUGGGAACCUCUACAGGUCAGCCAAGGAAAUGAAGAGCAAAUACCACCAAAGAAUGGUCUCUCUCUUUAACUUCUCUCUGUCCGAAGGGACAACCCGUUCCUCGGUCCCAGAGCUGCUCUCUUACCAGAGUUCGAUGGAGCCUGCAAGGAAAGGACCCUCUGCCACCCCCGUCAUGGGCAGAAGAUGUCAGGGAGGUCAUGGCCGCAAGAACAAGUGUGGACGGUUGAACUCCUGCCAGCAUCCACCUCUGAACACUGUCUCCAGUGAGAACACUUCCUUGUAA